UCCGUUCACGGCCGUAAACUUGUAUAAUGUUUAAACUUGUGCAGGAAGUCAGAGCGGAUUAACAGCCGAGCUAAAACAACGCUAUUUAUUAACUGCACCGCUAGUACGUCUGUUGCAAUGGAUUGCUGUCUUAUAUCUGCGCUGUGGUACUUCAUAUUAGUUUAUAUAGUCAUUCACUUGCUGGCAUUCUUUUUUGCGGAUGCAGACUUGACGUUACUGUGGGCAAGUUUGCUCGGACGCAAGUCAGAAGUGAAGUUGAAGGGUCAGGUGGUGUGGGUCACUGGUGCAUCCAGUGGCAUCGGAGAGGAACUCGCCUAUCAGCUGGCUCGGUGUGGCUCACGCCUCAUUCUGUCUGCUCGCCGUGAGGAUGAGCUGAGGAGGGUGAAACGGCUAUGCUUAGAGUCCUCGUGCCUGAAGGAUGAGGAUAUUCUUGUUCUUCCGCUGGAUUUGUUGGAGAGGACCACCCAUGAGGCCAAAACCCAAGCUGUAAUUGAAUACUUUGGACAUAUUGACAUCCUGAUAAACAAUGGAGGCCGAAGCCAGCGUUCUUUGUUCUUGGAAACGAGUGUCGACGUUUUCAAUGCUUUGAUGGAGCUCAACUACCUGGGUACCGUGUCCCUCACCAAGCAGGUGUUACCUCACAUGACGCAGCGCGGCACCGGCGCCAUCGUGACCAUCAGCAGCGUGCUGGGCCUCGCCGGGGCGCCUCUGGCGUCGGGAUAUGCUGCCAGCAAACAUGCUCUUCAGGGUUUUUUUAAUUCCCUUCGAACUGAGCUCAAUGACUACCCAAAGAUACUCAUCAGCACAGUGUGUCCAGGACCUGUGCAAUCAUUCAUAACACAAAAUGCCUUCACUGAAGAUUUGCACAAGGGUGUGGCUUCAUCUGCUGACCAGGGGCACAAGAUGCCCACUAGUCGCUGUGUGUCUUUAAUACUGGCGGGAAUUGCCAAUGAUGUCAAGGAAAUGUGGAUUGCGCAGCAACCCUUCCUGGCUUUCUACUAUGCCUGGCAGUACGCCCCCACCUUCGCUUGGUUCAUCACAAACAUCCUGAGCAAGAGAAGGGUACAAAAUUUCAAGUCUGGGCUGGAUGCAGACUUGGCCUACUUCACCAAGCCGAAGAGCUCAUAAAAAAUGGCUUCUGUACAGCGAUCCUUUUUGUGUGCAGUGAACGAUCAGCUUCUUGCAAGUCGUUUUAUUAUAUACAUAUAAAAAUGAGCAAUAUGUACAGGACUAUGAUGAUUGUUGAAAUAUUUUGUAAACAAGUGAACUGUAAACAAAUAAAUUGCACUCAACGCGUACAGCAUGAUAUACCAAAGGCACAUCCUUGAUCUCUUGACAAAAUAAUUCUGUUUCCCUUUUUAAGCAGAAAAGGUGGGGUCAUUAUUUGAAUGGUGUAAUGAAUCAACAUUUUAAGAGUCCUGUGUCAUGUAUCUGUUGUAAAUUAGCUGAUGUGUCAGUCCUAAUGUGAGUUUUCUAUCUUGAUCCGUCUUUCUCCGUGGUACUGGACUAAAGCACCAUGAUAAAUAAAUGCAAAU